GUCGUGCGGCAGCGUUGACGCAUCGUCCUCGUCUUCGUCCUGCAACGGUUUCUUGAUUUCUUUCACCCUGUAAUAAUAAGAACGGUUUCCCCGGCGCAAUUUCAAACCCGCAUCAAGUAUACGCAUCGAGUGCCAAAUAAGAAUCGCGUGCCUCCGUCGCUAAUUCCACGCUCUAAUGAAGUUAUUGGGUGCGUGAUUCCUGCGUUAAUCUCUGGACAGGCCAAGGAUCAAACGAAGGCGCUCCGGAACUCGCGGGAUAAUUGAAAAGUCGCCUCACCCUCCAAAUUCUGAAUCUCAAUAUCCCCGCGGGGAUUGGCUAUUUUAAUCUUCGGUUUCGAAAAUCAAAAGUCGCGAUGAAGCUUGUCGUUUAUCUCUAUUUGUCCAUGAUUAUUCUGGGCGUUCAGGCCUGGCCCAGUGUGAAACGGUCCUUUGAGCUCUUUCCCAACCCAGCGGUGCCGCACAAUGUGCACACGGUCUCAGAUUGCAUGCAUGUGGCCUCCGAGGCAGGUGACUAUAUCUUCAAGAAGCUCAACCCCCUGAGUUCGGCCCUCAAUCGAGAGGUAGCUCUGCUCGAGCUGGAGGCGGCAGCAGCUGCUGCUGGAGCAGGAGGAGGAUUGGGAGUGGGAGUGGGAACAGGAGUCGAAGUGGUUCCAGGAGAGGGAGAAGGAGCAGGAACAGGAACAGGUAGCGGGGCAAAUGUCCAGGAGCUGCAGCCCGAAGUCUGUGGGCUUUAUGUGAUUGGGGAGCCAGACACGAUUGUGGAGAUUACAAUGAAACACUACGAUGCGAACUGCGAGACAGGAGCCCUAAUGGCGUUUGUUGAUGGCUGGGAGCUGAAUGGCGAGUACUUUCCGGGCAUAAAGGAUCACCAUCGACCGUUGGAGGAGCGUGUUUACGAGUUUUGCAACAACUACAGACAAUGGCCCCGUGUCAGUAAUAAGAAGUUCUUCCGGUCGAGUCAGAAUGCCGCUUUGCUGCAGUACCGCAUUCCUGUUCGCGGCUCCUUUGUGGCCAAUGUGCGAUUCCACAAGAUCACGCAACCCUGCAAUGUUUUGGUCCAGGACACGGCUGCUAUGUACAAGAUGACCAACUUUGGCCAGGCUCGUAACUGUACCAUCUCGGCGCUUUUUCCGGCCGUGGUUUCCUUGGCCAGUUUGCGGAUUGGCGGAAAGAGUGUGAGAGCUCAGCAAAAGGUCAACUACGAUUGUCAAUUGCCCAGCGAUCGCCUGGAGAUUGGAGGAUCUGCUGGCCUGGACUCCAUCGGCAUGGAGCAGGCCAGUGCCGUGUGCGGAGCCUCCAGCGAGUUGGGACCGGAGCAGGCGAUGUUCUGCGGGGUGAGCACCGUGCGACUGGUUUCAUCCGGGAGGUACCAGAACCAGGCGGCCAUCGUCCUGCGAAAGGCCGAGGAGCAGGACAUCGACAUCGCCACGCUCAUCUGUGCGCUCUAAGUGGCGAGCGGGACUCUGUCCGAAAAUGUAUAUGUUUGUAAAAAAAAAAAAGGUAAACGAAUCCAGAGCAGCGGACGACACCUCCCCGGACUCCAUCGUAGUGCUUAAAACUUAACUCUUAACUUAAUCCAGCUAAUUCGCAAAGUAUUCGCUACCCGAGAGGCAUCUUA